GUACCCGGUAUUUCCUCUUUCGCACCCAUUCCUGCUUUUGUUCCUCAGAAUUUUAUCUUCUUAAUGUAUUAUUUUUUACAAAAUUAAGAAGUUACGUGAAAUAAUAAAGUAAAACUCAUUACUAAAAGUACAAAAUGUCUCUAUCCAGCCUUUUACCCACACCCACUAACGCGGUGUGGGAUCGCGAAGAUGAGAGACGCGUGGCGAAAGGAGCACCUCAAAUAGGUGCGUUAGUAUCGGCCAAAAUAGCUGCUCCUCCCUACGGCCAACGAAAGGAUUGGAUUCCUCGUACAGAAGCUGACUUCGGUGAUGGUGGAGCUUUCCCUGAAAUUCAUGUGGCACAAUAUCCGCUGGGUUUGGGUGCUCCAGCUAAUUUGGGCAAGAAAUCAAAUGCAUUGGCAGUACGUUUGGAUGAAAAGGGAAAAAUCAAAUAUGAUGCUAUUGCGCGUCAAGGCCAUGGGAAGGAUAAAAUUGUUUACUCCUCUAUAUCCCAACUUUUGCCGGCUGAAGUAUUGUCAGAGGAUGCCGAGGAAUUGCAACGCCCAGACGAAGAAUCGAUUGCAGAGACUACAGAAGAAACUCGAAAAGCUUUGGAGAAACUGACGAAUCAAAAAAUAGCAGCCGCAAUGCCAGUAAGACAUGUCGAAAAAUCAGCUCCAGCUCAGUAUAUACGAUAUACGCCCUCACAACAAGGUGAUGCUUUCAACUCGGGUGCCAAGCAAAGAAUUAUACGUAUGGUAGAAGCCCAAGUGGAUCCGAUGGAACCACCAAAGUUUCGAAUUAAUAAAAAAAUUCCUCGAGGACCUCCUUCGCCACCUGCCCCCGUUCUUCAUUCGCCAUCACGCAAGGUCACAGUUAAGGAACAAAAAGAGUGGAAGAUUCCCCCAUGCAUAUCGAAUUGGAAGAAUGCCAAAGGUUACACUAUACCUCUGGACAAACGUUUGGCUGCUGAUGGUAGAGGACUCCAGCAAGUGCAUAUCAAUGAAAAGUUUGCAAAAAUGUCUGAAGCUUUAUAUAUCGCGGAUCGCAAAGCUCGUGAGGCAGUUGAGGCUCGAGCUCAGCUUGAAAAGAAACUGGCACAGAAAGAAAAGGAAAAGAAGGAAGAUAUGUUGCGUGUAAUGGCCCAAAGGGCUCGUGAAGAGCGUGCAGGCUUGCGAAAUCCAACAGAAGAAGGUGCGGGAACAAGUGCCGACGCUAAGGAACGCAACGAACUACGAGCUGAAAGACAUCGCGAAAGACAAAGGGAUCGAAAUUUGGCAAGAGCUGCUCCCGACAAGCGUUCCAAAUUGCAGAAAGAAAGAGAACGUGAUAUAUCGGAACAAAUCGCUCUUGGCCUGCCAGCUAAAACGGCUGGCAAUGGGGAAGCUCUAUUCGAUCAGCGAUUGUUUAACACCACGAAAGGUAUGGAUUCUGGUUAUGGAGAUGACGAAGCAUACAACGUAUAUGACAAACCUUGGCGUGAAUCAAACUCACUGGGUUCACAUCUGUACAGGCCAAGCAAGCAAAUUGACAAUGACACAUACGGCGCAGAUUUAGAUCGUAUUGUUAACACCCAACGGUUUGUGCCCGACAAAGAAUUCUCCGGCACUUCGCGUGGGGCUGCUGGCGCUGCUCCAGCACGAAGUGGUCCCGUACAAUUUGAAAAAGAGGAAGAUCCAUUUGGUUUGGAUCAGUUCUUGAACAUGGCCAAAAAAGCGCCCAAAAGAGGCGAGGAGAAAAACGACCGAUCAUCCGGUAGCAGCUCAGAUAAAAAACGUAGAAAAGAUUAAUUUCAGGCAAAUGGCUUCACUUAAAAUAAUGCAAAUAUAGAAGCAUAACAUAUACAAUAGAUGUAAGUGAGAUGCGUUGUAAAAAAAACUGAAUAAAAUAUAAUAAAAAUCGAUUAAUGGA